CCAUGUUCCAAAUAUCUCGAAGUAAGGUGUGUACCCCUCUCCCUCCAUUCGGAUCCUUUUGGACCUAACUAAUGACGGUGGCGGAGGCACCCUCUAAGAUGAUCGAGGUAGCCCGGAGCGCUCGCCUAGCGUGGUAUAAUUCGGUUCAGACUGUUCGCAGCUCUACUUUCGAUAUGAAGGUAUCAAAUAUCUGACAGCCUCCAGCGGCUAUCAUUCUGGAACUUAAGGCCUCUCGUGACGAGGCCCGACCCUGGGCUUUGCCGACAGCUGCAUGUCACCAGCUGGAAACCAAAAUGGGCCAAAACAUUAGUGUGCCCACCGCAUCGGCGUGGAAACGGGACUUGAUAUGGAAACAAAAAUAAAAGGACAGAGCUCUGGCCAAACCUUUUGACUUUUGUGGGUACAUAUGCAGCUGUCCCUGGAAUUACCACCGGCUCUGGCCAGCUAAUCGGAAGGGAGGAGAUGGAGGAGGACGGGAGGAGGCAGAAGCACAUCAUCCUAGUGCAUGGCGCCUGUCAUGGAGCCUGGAGUUGGUACAAGGUGGCGACGCUGCUGAGGUGCGCCGGGCACCAGGUGACGGUGCCCGAUCUUGCGGCUUCCGGCAUCGACGAGAGGAGGCUGCACGAGGUGCCCACCUUUGCCGACUACUCGCAACCGCUUCUGGACAUCAUGGCCGCGCUCCCACCUGGGGAGAGGGUGAUCCUAGUGGGCCACAGCUUGGGGGGAUUGAGCGUGGCCCUGGCCAUGGAGAGUUUCCCCGAGAGAAUAGCUGCGGCCGUCUUCCUUGCAGCAUUCAUGCCGGCUCCCGCUUCCCGGCCUUCCCACAUCCUAGACGAGUUUAUCCAGCAGGCCCCGAUGUCAUAUUGGAUGGACACUCAGUUCAGUUCAAGCAGGAGCCAAGAGAAAAGCCCCACCUCCAUGUUGUUUGGUCCCCAGUUCAUGUCACUCAAGCUCUACCAACUCUGCUCCACCGAGGAUCUCACGCUGGGCAUGACGUUAGUCAGGGUUGGAUCAUUGUUUCAUGAAGAUCUAUCAUCUGCACCACCCUUCUCUAAGGGCCGUUAUGGAUCGGUUGAUGUGGUCUACAUCAUAUGUUGUCAGGAUUUAGGAAUUACAAAGGAUUUUCAGCAUUGGAUGAUCAAGAACAACCCAGUUAAAGAGGUGAAGGUGAUUGAGGAAGCAGAUCAUAUGGCAAUGCUAUCAAGGCCAAAGGAGCUGUGCAAAUAUCUCUCAGAGGUUAUUGAUACCUAUGCCUGAUUUGCCUCGUGUUAUCCUGUAUCCUACUGUAGUUAUAGUUAAUAUUACCGGAUUUCUUCUUGUCGUUGCUACUAUAAUUCCUUGUAACUCAUAGUUUUACCUAAUUGUCCAAAUAUGGCUUCAUAACUA